GAAAGUUACUUCAGAGCAGAAUCACUUAAGAAAUCGUGAAGUGAACCUAUUCUCGUGUAAACUAAAUUAAAUAUUUUAUAAUGCACGUGACAAGUGCAAUACCUUUCGUUGCACUAGCUUUUACAUUAGUGGCUGGCUAUCCCAAUUUGUGGAAUGGGAAUCAUUUAAGUCCGGUGCACGGAAUCUACGUACAGCCUUCAACGAAUGGAAUCACAGGAGACCUCCUCGUUGCAGCCACUGAGGAAAAUGGAGUGAAGACACAAUGGGCCGUUGACCAGCCUAUCAACUUCAUUCCUGUAACAACUGCAACACAACCACAAGCUGGGGCCGUCGCCGUACCUUAUGCUCAAAACUGUCAAACUUCGCAAGAUGAAAAUUCUACGCAGAAGCGUGCUGUAGUGUCCAAUCCAGUACAAUAUGCCUACGCCUUACCGGUGCCUACCGGCAAACAGGGAGAGAAUACUCCUGUGGCGUAUGCUUACCCAAUAGCUGCGGCUACGGCAGUCACGACGGAGACUCCUAAAUGUGAACAUGGAAACGCGCUACACUACCCUUAUCAGUUUCCCUACCAGUUAUUCUAUCCUCAAUUAAUGGCCGCUUACUCAAAUGCAAUGAGUAUUCUGAAGGAUGUGGGACUAAGUGAGGAUUCAGCCAGUGCAGUCAUGGCGCAAGCAACUCCAACGUGGCCUUCCUCCUACGCCUACCCUAUGUAUGUGAUGGUUGACCCGAAUACAUGGAACCAAAACCAAGCAACAACUACAACUGCACCACCUACAACAUCUUCCAAGCCAACAUCAGAAGAAACAACACAACCUUAGACAGUUAGACGUACUUCUUUAUUACCAUAAGUUGUAACUUAUUCUUGUUUUAAGUAUUUAUUUUUGUAAGAAAUAAAAGUAAAAU